UUAAAUUUUAGUACACAAUGUUAAACAUUUGUGACAGUAAGGCUCUAAGACUAUAUAAAUUAAUUCAUGUUUAGAGAGGAUGCUUUCCAUUAAAACCCGUCACAAAUUAUACAGUAGCUUAUUAUUUUACGCAAUUGCAAAAACGUAAAUAAAGUUAGAAAACCCAAUGUUUACUGAUACCUGAAAAAUCGAACUAUAAAGGAAAUUCUUCACUACGUCUUUAAAGACGUUUGUGUUUCACAAUUGACAAAAUCCUAUUCGAGGUUUAAAUUGAAGGAAUGGAUUUUGUAGCACUGUACCUCAAAUGUAUGACAUAUCAGAAUGAUUUAUUGAAAACUGAAAAUGGUACUGUAUGAUGCGUGACGUACAUAAAUAAGUUAACUUUACGAAAUGUCACUUAGAUGCAGAUAUCGAAUCUAGGUAUUUGUGUGAACUGACACUGCUGUUACAGUACCCCCUACGUGGGUUGUUGAACCCCAGAACAAGGCAGCUAAACUGGGGCAACCAGCCAUUCUUGACUGCAAGGUAGAGGGCUUCCCACAGCCCACCGUCUUGUGGAAGAAAGUAUCUGGAGAAGUGUUGGGUCACUAUCGAGACAUUUCUACUGGAGUGCUAGCGAACGGAUCUCUCUUGAUAGAAAGUGUAAGACAGGAAGACCAGGGACAGUAUCUUUGUGAAGCUAGCAAUGGUAUUGGUGAGGGUCUCAGCUCAGUCGUCACUCUCACAGUUAACGCUCCUGUCCACUUCAAGGUGCGGUCAAAGAAGGAACUUGUACGAAGAGGAGGGAUCGCUGCCCUCCAGUGCACAGCCCAUGGGGAUCUGCCCAUCACAUUAUCAUGGCGCAAGGAGGGCAGCUUCAUAGACUUAGGGGGAAGGAUCAGCAUGAAAAACUCGACCGUGCCUGGUGGUUUAGUGUCAGAGUUAUCUGUACGAAACGUGAGAACAGACGAUAGCGGAGUUUAUACCUGUAUUGGCAGAAACCACUUCGGUCAAGACCAGACGACUCUGCACCUUCUGGUCCAAGACGCCCCGGGUAAACCAUUCAACGUACGCUUGGUAGACCAGAGUAGCCGGCAAGUGCAGUUAUCCUGGGCCCCUCCACAGGACGGAAAUAGCCCCAUCACGCGCUACAUCAUCCGGUACGCUCCUCUGCAAGGAGACUCUUGGUUGGAAGGAAGUCUAGAAACAUCCGUAGAGGGCAAAGAGAUAGUGGGAGUAAUGAGUAACUUACACCCAGCAACUACAUAUUCCGUCCAGAUAGUAGCCGAAAACAGUCUAGGGGUGGGAGAGCCGAGUUUGGAAUUGCGAGUAACAACUGACGAAGAGGCUCCUUCAGCGACUGCCAGAAACAUCAAAGUCGAGGCUACAUCAUCUACCCAGCUGAUUGUAACCUGGGAUACGCCGGCUAGCGAUCAUUGGAACGGAGUGCUUCUGGGGCACUACGUGGGCCACAGGGAAGCAGGUGAACUGGAGAAGCAAGGUGUAAGCAGCCAGAAAAAAUACAAUUUCACAACGGUUCUCUUGAGAGGAUCAGGGAAAGAGGAGAUCCGCCUUACAAGACUCAGCAAAUUCUGCAAAUACGCCAUCGUAGUACAGGCUUACAACAAAAGAGGUGCUGGCCCACUUUCCCCUGAAGUUCUUGCGCAGACUUUAGAAGAUGUGCCAGAGGCGUCACCACGACAGAUCCAGUGCGAGCCAGCGUCGCCAGAGUCUUUGCAGGUCACGUGGCAGCCCCCUCCUGAGACUCUGGUCCAUGGAAUUAUUCAGGGAUAUCGUCUAUAUUAUGAGCCUACCGAAGAUAUGCAAGAUGUAACACAAGUUCAAACUAAAAUUACCACAGCCCUGACUACUAAGCUACACGGGCUUCUGAAGUACACCAAUUACAGUAUAGAGAUCCUUGCCUUUACAAGAGUCGGCGAUGGAGCCAAGUCCGAGCGUAUUUACUGCAGGACAAAGGAGGAUGUUCCGGAUCCUCCGGCGAACAUUAAGGCCAUGUUAGAGAGUCCUGAUAUUGCUGUGGUUGCAUGGUUACCUCCCACCCACCCCAAUGGCAUCAUCCUCAAGUACGGCAUCUACAUCAGAGUCAUGGAUGGAGGUCAUCAGAUCGACAUCAAGAACAUGCAACAGCCACCUAGCUCUCUGGACCACUUACGUUACACGUUUCCAGGCCUCAAGAAGAGACACGUGUACGAGUUUUUUGUAACCGCAUUCACCAAAGUGGGAGAGAGUCAGAGCACGUCAGUCGCUAGCGUCACUCCCUCUACCAAAGUAAACGCGGGAAUAUUAUCAUUCGGAGGACUGAAAGUGGUGUCCUGGAAGAGCGACGUGCGGCUUCACUGUCGAGUUGUUGGGAUUCCAGAGCCAAAACAGGAAUGGAGAAGUGGGGAUGUGCGUAUCAACUUCCAGCAACCCGGUUCACGCAUGGAGUUGAUGGGAGACGGGUCGCUCAUGCUGAAGUCCGCUCAGCGCAGUGACCAAGGCGAGUACACCUGUUUGGUCUCCAACGAGCACAGUAAAGACCACAUCACUUUUCUACUUCUUGUACAAGUUCCUCCAACGGCACCUCUUCUUCUGGUGACGGGAAACACAGCUCAUUCCUUGCAACUGCAGUGGAAGCUAGGGGACGAUGGAGGCAGUCCGACCCGUGGGUUCGUGAUACACUUGAAAGCAGACAACGGAGAAUGGGAGGAACUUCGGGUGGAAGGAGCUCUCAGCACGUACGCUCUGUCAAACCUACGCUGUGGCACCCUGUAUCACGUCUUCCUUACAGCCUAUAACCGGGUUGGCAGUGGAAGUCCGAGUCAAACGCUACCGGUGCGGACCAGGGGGUCACUGCCUCUCAUUCCUACUAUUUCUCAGCUGCUUGUAGUCAACUCAACUCAAGUGGGCAUUCGCCUUAACUCCUGGCCCGACGGUGGUUGUCCAAUGCUUUAUUUUGUCCUGGAAUACGCAACUGGAAACGUUCAAGACUACACAGUUGUGGGCAACAAUAUCAGUCCUGACAAGGUGUACAACCUAGUGGGGCUGAGUCCAGCAAACGAGUACCGCCUACGCAUAACCGCUCACAACUCCGCCGGCUCCACUACGACGUCCUAUAGCUUUGUCACAUUGAAUAGUCUCGGAGUGACUGUGGUACCUAGUCAGGUGGUUAACUUUCGGUGACCAACGACAACCUCUUCACAAGGAUAUCAAAGUUGUUACGCUUUCAAUAUUCUCAAGCAUCACUCUGGUCUUCAGCCUUCUAGCUCUUUGUUUCUGCAUGA